AUGCUGCCUACUAUUGCAACCUUACCCCUCCUCUGGAUUAUAUGUGUUGCUCAGGCCUCCGUUUGCCGAACCGACUGCGGUGGCAUUCAGAUACGCUAUCCCUUCGGAAUAGACGGCUGCGGUAACCUCUUCUACCGCAACCUACUCCUAUGCGAUGAUUCAACAUCAGCUCCCCCACCUCCGCUUGCGGACACCCUCGGGCACCUACCAGGUUAGGGGGAUUAACUACUACGAUUCGCACCUCAUAAUCUCCGACCCCUCCAUGUGGAGCUGCAACGAAGUUGACGGGUACGGCACAGCUGUCUUUAACUCACCUCAACGGCCACCCUUCAGCCUUGACGCCAGCACCCGGCUCGCCCUCUCCCCCAGGAACAAUUAUCUCUUCUUCAACUGCAGCCACGAGGCUGUCAUCUUCCAGCCGAAGUCGAGGAUAUCGAGGCCGCGUGCUGCGGGCCGCGAAUGAACAAGAAAUCCCCUUUGACCAACGCAUUAUGCCAUAAGAUGUAAAUAAAUGACAGCAGGGGAAGGCAAGCCUCUAGUUUCUGCACCACAUGACAAGAAACCCCGAAUGCCCACGUGCUGCGGGCCGCGCGCUGUCUGCGGCAUCUUGCUGCUCAUAUUACCCCAAAGCAUUGGAGUCGCUGCGGCUGAUGCUGAGAUUCUGCACCACAUACACCAGCAUCUACUGGCGGACAGUGGGUCUCAACUUCCCGCCCUAUGAUCAAGUUCCGGAGUACGGCAUUCGCAUAGACUUCCAGAUCCCGUUGACGACAGGAUGCUUGCAAUGCCAGGACGCCGAAAGACGCGGAGGCACUUGCGGGUUCAACACCGCUAACAAAGACUUCUUAUGCCUCUGUCGGGAAGGCAACGCCACCACCAACUGCGCUGGUAGAUCAUCCUCUAGUUUCUUUCAUCAUCUGCUCUCUUGUGAAUUGUUAUGCUAAUUUCUCCAUGACUUCUAGGUAGAUGGUGGUGGCCCUCCGAGGUGCAAAAGCUCGACUGGUGCUGUAGUCGGUAACCUGUUAAAACCCUUGACUUUAAGCUCUGCAUCCAUUGACGGAUCCAUUACCUCUUCUCUUUACCCUCUGCUGGCUCAGGAGUGAUGACCGGAGGAUCGGUGGUGGGGAUUGUCAGUGUCGGAGCUCUUGUGUGGUUCUUUAAGAAAUUGAAGGCUAGAAAAGUCACUUGUGGGGUCCAGAGCAACGAAAACAGGAUCUUUUGA